AUGACAGCGCCGCUCGUGACGGUUGAAACAUUGACUGAACACAUCGCCCACGCCAAAAAAAAGUGGGUCGAGGCCGUCCGCGCUGGGGGCAUCACCGUCCCGAUCGUGCCUGGCAUUGCGCCGAUCCAGACGUGGAACGGGUUCAUCAAGAGCACGAGCCUGUCGCAGCUGCUGCCUGCCGUGGAGAAGUUUCUUACUUCGGACAGGCGUAACGAGACCAUCCGACCAAUCUUCUGGGCGAACCGCACGAAGUCCUACUUAUCACGCACCGAGAACUGGGACGAGUACCCGAACGGUCGAUUUGGCGACUCUCGCAGUCCAGCGUACGGUGGGCUCGACCGCUACAGUAUCUGGAUCAAGCAGUCGAAAGAAGACGCGAUCAAGCUCUGUGACCACCCGACGCCUGUCUGGGCAACCUCUUCCGCAAGUUCUGUGUGGGCCAGUGGUCAGACCAGGUGCCGUCGUCCGAGACAAGCGUGGUCGGGCCCGUCGAAUGGGUACAUGUACCAGAAGAUGUGCACCCAUUUACGGUUGUUGACAAGGAUUGUCACAGGUGUAACUGGAGUUCUUCGUGUCGCCGGAGCUGCUGGACGCGCUCCUGCCACACAUCGAGUGCGCGUGAACAUCACGUACUAUGUCAUCAACAAGCGUGGCGACCUGCGGACGAACACGCACUCCGAAAUCGGAGGUUUUGGCGCAAGUGAAGAUCAGGGUGAAGUCAGUAAGGUGUGGGACAAGUACUAUGAGGCUCUACACGUCUAA